AUGCCUGACCUGUCUGCAGCUACUGCUCAAGAGCAGACGAUGUACUACGAUAAGUUUGGGCGCUGCUUCGCCUCGUAUACCAAUGAUGGUGGAAUCACUUUUGGUAUCGCCAUUCCUGAGGGAGCCACUUCAGGCACAUCCUACGAUACCAUCUUCCAAAUUACCGCCCCCGUUGGGGCUGCAUGGACCGGUUUGGCUUGGGGAGGGUCCAUGACUAACAACCCUCUAACCAUUGUUUGGGUGAAUGGUGGUGAUGUGGUUGUUUCUUCUCGGGUGGCAUUCGGCUAUUCCACUCCUCCGCCAUAUGCCGACGCCGUAUAUACCGUUCUCCCCGGCACCGUCGUCAACACUACCCACUACUCGGUGACAGCUCUUUGCAAAGGCUGCACAUACUGGGCUCCAAACGGCAAUAGCCCGAAAUCAUUAGAUCCUAACGGAGAGAACCACCUGGCAUUUGCCUACUCCGGUGUGCCCGUUCAUGAGCCCGCCAACAACCAAACGACCUUUAGCAGGCACCAGCAUGUGGGACGCUGGAUGCACAACUUCAAGCCUGCACAAUCAGCCGGUUUCAAAUCGUGGGCUGAGGGCGAUACCGGCAAUGAGCCU